GAGCGCUUCCCUUGAUCGCAAACGUUGUUCGACCGGCGUUCAUCGCUGAACUAUAGGCAACUGGCACAAGUCUUGGCGCGAGUCUAUUCUAAGAGAGUGAGAGGGUGCCUUCCAGUAGUUGCUUGCACGUGGUCAACGAUCAGAUUUAAGUGCGUAACCGAAAAACAAAAUUCAAGUGCCAAAAUCUUGUUCUUCAACCACUUGGGGGUCGUUGGUAGCUACCUUCGAAGAGCUCUGGUUGAGACCUUAACCGCCGCAGAGACCGAAGUUGUGCGUGGAGCGGAAAGUGCAGAAGGUUUUCGUCCGGACCUAGCAGUAGCCAUCAAGCCAACACUGAGCGGGUAAUAGCUUGAAGUGGAGUACGCGCGUUUUCAGUGACACCAGGAGUACAUCGUUUGUUGUCUCCAAAGCAAAGGAAAAGAGAUGAAGCUUGCCAAACUGCAACGACAAUGGGUGCUGCUGAACACGUUGGUGAUCGUGCCGUGGAUUUCAUGUCAGAGACUCGAUGCACACCGCAGCAGCCAUCGAAACGCCGAAUUCCCGGCGGUUCGACCAAGACGGGCUGUAUCCUUCCGAAAUGACGAUACUCGGCGGGUCGGUCUAUUCGGGGACUUCGACAGCGCUGAAGUCGACUACAACCCAUCGCCCAGUCGGGCGCGUUUUGGUUUCAACCGAGAUUUUUAUUUCGACUACUCUCGGGACUUACCCGCCACCACCACACGUCGUAGUCUCCCGCUGGUUCGGGAGCGCCCCCGAAACAAUGAGGCCGCAGGAGGCGAAGAGUUUUCCUACCGGGAAAAGGACAAGAACGGACCAUCCAACUGGGACAAGAUUGCACCGCAGUGCGGUGGCAAAUACCAGAGCCCGAUCAUGCUGAACACGAGUAGCGCACUAUUUGUCAGGAACAAGAGGCCUUUACAGCUGGUCGGUCAAACCAAUCUUCCUCAAUCGAUCCGGCUGCAAAACGACGGCCAUUCGGCCAAGUUCACCUACAAUUGGCGCAACGGAGAACGCCCGUACCUCCGUGGAGGUCCCCUCAAGACCAAGUACUUCUUUGAGCAGUUCCACUUCCACUGGGGAUCGAACAGCUCGGUUGGAUCGGAGCACGUUCUGGACUUCCACCGAUACCCAAUGGAGUUGCAUCUGCUCUUCUACAAUUCCCUGUACUCCUCAUUCGAAGACGCCCGAAACGAAGUGGACGGCCUGGUGGUGGUGGGUCUUUUCUACGAACUGUACGAAGUCAAUGACGAACCGCUCAACACUUGGACCCGUUUCCUGCAGGAAAUCGUUAACCCCGAAUCGGAGUACACCAUCCAGUUCAUCGACACGUUCCCGCUGUACGACCUGAUCGGAGACGUCGAGUGGCCGUACUUCUCGUACGAGGGAAGUCUGACAACGCCGCCAUGUCUGGAGACGGUAACGUGGAUCGUGUCGGCCAAACCGCUGCUGAUUACACCACGGGAAAUCCGAGAAUUCCGAAAGAUUCGAUCCCGAAGUGGUCCCAUGGUAAACAACUACCGUCCGGUUCAGAAGCUGUACAAUCGCCGAGUCUACCGAUACUAGUAUGGAGGAUGGCGCGACGAGUGAUAAACAAAUGCAUUUGAAAACAGAUUUCAGACGUUUUAGAUUAAGGAAAUAGCUCAAAGCCAAAACCAAAGUAUUCGCUUCCGGGCGGGCAUUAAUCUUAAGUAUAUCGGUAAUGUGGUGCAUUAUUAGAGCAUGAACUGAAGAAUGUUAGGAAAGCUGACCGGAGGGCGUUAGAAAAUGUUCGAUUUUGUGUUCCACUGAUUGUUGUAAACCAAAGCAGUUUUUUUUAUGUUCAAAUAUCUAUUGUACUUAUCCUCAUUUAUGUAUGUCUAUACGGAUACAUCUUUCAAUUUUGAGCUUUGCAUUACUUAAAGAGAACUUUUUAAAUGAUAAACAAAUUUUAUGAACGAAUUAUAUUUAAACAUACGCAAAUGAA